CAAGUCGGUUGUUUACGUUCGCGCUGCAUCAGUCAGUCAGUUUUCAGUUGUUUGAUGCCAAACGAUUUCGCCGCCGGUUGCAACGGAUUUCAAGGUUGUCUGGCAAAAUGCAUCUUCCGCCGUGCCUUUUGGCGUCGCUGUUGCUCGUACUCGGCACCGGUUCCAUCUGCCGGGCGGCCACUCAAGGAGUGGGAGUGCACUACCUGGAGCCGGAUGGCGUCAUCGCGUACAAGCCUGACCCGAACCGGAUUUUUCGUCCCGGGUUGAGGACCUACUGCUACCGAGGGAAGGACAAGCAGCUGGGGCGGUUGUUCCAGACGAUUAUUUUGAAUUUUGAGUGCGACCAUGACGAUUUUAGCCAGUACGAGGGCGGCAACCCGGAGGAAGUCCGAGCGCACCACGAAACGGAGCAGAGUCUGUUUUCGUUCAACUUCCUGUCCAACAGCCGGAAGAAGGUCAUUAAGCUGGAUCCGUUCAAUCAGAGCUGCAUCGGGGUGGUUUCCGGCGAGGCGUACGUGGUCCGGUUGAACCUAAUCCGGAUCGACUUUUGGCGGAUUAUUCUGCUUGCGGCGGGGGUGUUUGUGUUUCUGUCGGCGGCCAAACUGUCGGACAACGCGCUGUUCUACUACAUUUGUGGAAUUUUCCUGGGCGUUUUCGCCAGCUUUUUGGUGGUUGUCUAUUUGACCAGCAAGAUCUUCCCCCGGAAGCCGAUGAUGUACGGUGUAAUGCUGGGCGGAUGGACGCUCGGGAUCUACUUUGCCCAGAUGCUGUUCGACAACUUGCGACUGAUCUUUGUCACGUACCAGUUGUACGUGUUUUGGUACGUCCUCGUGACCGGAUUCAUCAGCUUCGUUGUGUGCUACCGAAUGGGUCCUCCGAAGAACCAGCGCAGCAAGGACCUCAUCAAGUGGAGCCUCCAACUAGCCGCGAUCGGCGCAAUCUUCUUCUCGUCCGCCUACCGGGAGGCCACCACCGGAUUCUGCAUCGCCCUCUUCGUCUGCUACUACUUCCCGCGAACCCUCCUCGCCAGAGUCAGCUCGCUUUACCGGCGUCGAUUCCCGCCCAAGCGACGCCUCCUAACCGUCGAAGAGUUCAACGAGCAAGGUGCCCGCGAAACCAUCAAAGCCCUCGACGAACUGCGCGAGUUCUGCAGCAGUCCCAACUGCAAGCAGUGGAACACGGUGCUCAAGCUGAAAGAUCCCGUCCGAUUCGCGUCCUUCAUGGAGGGCUCCUCGCAUCUGAUUGACGACGAAAUUCUCGAGUACGAAACGUCCCACUUUAACGUGGACAUCAGUGACGACGACGACGAUGAGGAGCAGGACGAGGCAACUCCAACUGCGAGAUACCGGAAGUUUGCGGCCCAGCGAUCGGCCACGAAUGGACGCGUACCGGCAGCAGCAGCUGGUGGUACAACGAGCACUCCGACGACGGCGCGACCGACGAUUGGCGGCAGAAGCAGUCGCAGUAGAAGUAGACAACCGGUGCCGACGGCGCCCCCGCGUAACGAGAUUGAGCUGAGCGACGACGAGGACUGAUGGGAUUUGGCGUCAAGUUUUCUAAUUUAUUCUUCAAAAUGUAUUGUAAAUAAAAUUUCUGGUUUCCGUCAUGCGUUGGAGGUAGAAUACUUAAUAAAUGAGUAAACCACAUGAA